GAUUUGGGUUGGGCUGGAUUGGUUGAAAAAGAAAGAAUUAGGCAUGGCCUCAAGCUCUGCAACAAGUUAAAAUCCAUUCGUUCCACUAACCACCAUCGCUACCCGAUGUAUUUCUGCACUGCAAAUCAAUAGCCACCGCAAGAUUUCUGGUCUUAGACUUUAGAACACCCCACACCAGUAUGGCUUCCGUUGUGAUCUCACGUAGACUCUCUCAUAAGUUACUAAAACCCUCUCCUUCCUCGUCUAUUUCCUCCCUUUUCAUCUCCCAUGGACCCCAAAACCACCCUUCCCUUGAUUCUAAUUCCAGUCUUUCUCAACAACCAACCUUAAACACUAAUCUCAAUAUCUCUAAUUCCUUUUCAAGCUUUCCUGCUCGUUACUCCACUCUGGAACACCAAUCACUAAUAGAUCCAGAACCCCCAAAUCUUACUCUCUAUUUUAUUAGAUCGUACUCUUGUUCUAGUACUAAAACCAGAGGUCAUGGCUUUACUCGUUCUAGUUUUUUUUCCGCAUCUGAUAUUGGAAAAGCCCAAAAUCCAGCUAAAACCCCUGAUUUCAAUCAAAAAGGUUCUAUUUUUACAAAAUCCAAAGAUUCUAGUUUGGAUAGUGAGCUGAAAAAUCCUAGAUUUAUUAGGUUGUUGAACCUUAAACCCAGAUAUUUUUCAAGUUCAAAUUCACCAUCAGAAUCCGAUAAGUCCCAAAACCAAAGCGAGCAUCCAAGCCAAAUCCCUGAUCUCAAACACCAAGAAAUUGAGGGACCAACUGUAGAAAGGGACCUCUCAGCUUUAGCCAAUGAGACCAGAGAGGUUUUGGAAAGUAUGAUGAAGAAUAUUUAUGGUCUGAGCAGAGCUGUUGCUGUGCUGGGUCUGGUUCAACUAGGACUUGGAGCCUUGAUCUCUUAUGUUACAAAAGCAACUCCCAUGACUGAGGUGUCAAUUCAAAGUUUUGUGGCUUUCGGAUUCCCUUUUACCUUGGCAUUUAUGUUGAGGCAAUCAUUGAAGCCAAUGUACUUCUUUAAGAAGAUGGAGGAGCUAGGAAGGUUGCAGAUUUUGACUUUAACACUUCAGGUUGCUAAAAACUUGAAUAUCUUCUUUGUGAGGGUUCGUGGGGUUUCCUUUUUGUGCAUUGCGGGGAUGUCAGUUGGGCUGUUGAUCACUUUGUUGUCAAGAUGAUUUCUUCCAUUUUGAUUUUUCAAGUCUCAGUUAUCAUAAUAAUAAAUGUUAAUUCUCAUGGUUAGAUUUUCUUUAA